AUGUCUGUCAGAGAGUUAAGUCCUGAGCUAGCUCAGAAAGCUAGACUUGAAUUAUUCGAGGACCCAAAGAGGACAGCGAGUGAUAUACAGCAUAUUAAAAACUGGCUCUCUAAACAGCCGCAUUUACGGGCGAGAACAGAUGAUCAAUGGAUAUUACAAUUUUUGCGUGGAUGCAAAUUCAGCUUAGAGAGAACGAAGGAGAAGAUAGAUCUUUACUAUACAAUGCGCACACUUGCUCCGGAGUUAUUCCGUAUACAAGGCAAAGAUCCAUUGUUCAAAGAAAUAUUGAAAUUGGGGUCAUAUUUGAUUCUCCCUAAAUCAAAAGCAGCAGAUGGUACAAGAAUUACAAUUGUUCGUCCUGGUGCUUACGAUGCUAGUAUAUAUAAUAUUAUCGACAUUCUAACAGUGGCCAAUGUCGUGGAAAGGAUUGUAUUAGCAGAAGAUGAUACUCCAGGGAUUUGUGGAGUCCGAACGAUACUUGAUUUAAAAGGUGUCACUAUGGGACAUUUUACACAAAUGACGCCUGCCACUAUGAAGAAAAUGGUUGUGUUGGGUCAGGACGCCACUCCUAUGAGAUUUAAAGGAGCUCAUUACAUCAACUUACCAGCAGGAUUCGAUGUUGUAUUCAACGCACUAAGAAGCUUGUUAAAUGAGAAAAACAGAAGCCGGUUGUAUGUUCACAAUGAGAAUUAUGAAGAAAUGUACAAGCACAUACCAAAAGACGUUCUCCCGCAUGAAUAUGGUGGUAGCGCUGGAACAAUAAACGAAAUCAUAGAUUAUUGGUUGAAAAAAGUGGAUGAAUACAGUUCGUGGUUAGAGGAAGACCAAACCUUUGGAACAGAUGAAGCCAAACGACCAGGAAAACCGAAUACUGCUGCGGAUUUGUUUGGGGUCGAAGGCUCAUUUAGGCAGUUAGAUUUUGACUAA